UAUAUAGAUUCUUGCGGCGACCUGCUGUUUGAUUCUUCUUGGGUUUUGGACUUUUGGGUUUAUUUUUGUUCUUCUCGAAUCAUUUGAUUUUGAACCUCUCUUCUCCUCCUCCUCCCCCUCUCCAUCUCUCUCAUUCUUAUAAACUUCUUUGGAGCUUUGAAAUUUUUCUGAAAGUCUUUCUGCCAUUCUAUUUUUUUUUUCCAGAAGAAAAUUUUCAAAGAAAUCAUGCGAGAUAGUUGGAAAUAUUUGCUCAAGACUCUUUAUGUAGUUUUUGCAUUCUUUUCUGCUCUUUUACUGGGUGCCCUUAAAAGUUUGCUGGUGGGUCCUAUUGCUUGUUUAAUUCUGAUUUUGGGGAAUCUGGGCGUGAUUUUAGGCCUUUUCCCUGCACAUGUUGCCUGGACAGUUUACACCCUUGUCAAAACAAAUAGGUUUGAUGCACCACUUAAAGUUGCAAUCUUUUUUGGGUUGCCUGUUCUGUUUGGUAUCUGGUUGGCUCUUAGCAUAGCUGGUAGCGUACUUGUGGGAGUGGGAUAUGGUUUUUUUACUCCUUGGGUUUCAGCUUUCGAGGCUUUCAGACUUGACAAUGAAUCCAAGAAAUUCUUCCACUGCAUAGUGGAUGGAACUUGGGGAACUAUCAAGGGUAGUUGUACCGUUGUCCGGGAUUUCGCUGAUAUAUGCUAUCAUUCUUUCCCUCUCUAUUUGAAGGAGCUACGUGAAUACCCGGAAUCUCAUGAACUUCAACCUCUCAGGCUCAUUCAUGUUCCUGGGUGCAUCAUUGUUGGUUUGAUGGGGCUGAUAGUGGAAAUUCCUCUUUACACAGCUAUUGCAAUAGUAAAGAGUCCUUACAUGUUGUUCAAGGGAUGGCAUAGAUUAGUACACGAUUUGAUCAGCCGGGAAGGCCCAUUUUUAGAAACAGCUUGUGUUCCAAUUGCUGGUUUGGCAAUCCUUAUGUGGCCGCUUGUUGUUAUUGGGAGCAUCAUAAUGGCUAUAUUUUCAAGUUUUUUCAUAGGAUUAUAUGGAUCCGUUAUAGUAUACCAGGAAAGGUCCUUCCGAAGAGGUGUUGCUUAUGUCAUUGCUAUGGUUGCUGAAUUUGACGAGUACACAAAUGAUUUGCUCUAUCUUCGUGAGGGGUCAAUCCUUCCAAAGCCCCGAUACAGGAAGAAAAGUAAAUCCAGUUCUGAGUUUUCUGUUCAGCAAAAUCACUCCUUACAUGGAAAUUACAGUGCUGUCUUCACUGAAGCUCCUUCAAUCAUCGUGCCAAACCUUAUAGCAUCAAGAUCUGUUCGGGAGGCAAUACAUGAGGUGCCAAUGGUGCAGGUAUGGGGAAGCACAAUGAGAUUAUGCGAACAGAGAGGCAAGGAACUAUUGGAUGCAAAUGUCAUAACAACUGCUGACCUCAAUGAUUGGUUGAAGGCAAAGAAAACAAACGAUGCAUCCAUUGUUGCUGUUGGAUUGCCCUGUUUUUCAUUUUUGCAAACAAUGCUGCACUCGAUCAAAUCUGGCUCCAAUGGGCUACUGCUUUUGGAUGAUCUUGAGAUCACCCAUUUGAAUCGGCCCCAGAGCAGAUUGUUGGACUGGUUUUUCCAGCCUGUGAUGGUCCUCAAAGAACAAAUCCGAGUCCUUUCUUUGGAAGAGGGCGAGAUACGGUACCUGGAGAAGUUGAUUCUCUUUGGAAACAAUAAAGAACACCUUAAGACUUGGGAAAAUGGUAGUUUUAUUCCUGAAGACCCUGUCAGAGCUGCUCGAUUAGAUGGUAUCGGUCGCAGGAUGUUGGGAAUGUCUAGAAGUGUAUCUAAGUUUCCAACUUACAGAAGGAGAUAUCGGCAGGUUGUUAAGAACUUGAUACAUUAUUCAGCUGCAAAGGAUGGUUCUUGUUCAUUAGCAAAGGAGGGUUCUAACAGAUCCAUUACUUGUUCUGCAACUAAGGAAGGCUCCAACAGAUCCAUUACUUGUUCUGCAUCUAAGGAAGGCUCCAACAGAUCAAUGUCUACAAGAUCAAUUGGUUCCAUUGAUAUCGUCUGAGAGAUAUUUAUCUGGUUGAAUUCUUUCUUCUUUUUCGAUUUUCUGAUGCUGUACAAUAGCUACUGUAGUCCUCUAGAUCAUAUUGGCUUGUAAAGUUUUUGUUACACGCUGUUUUUUGUGUCAAAAACUUCGUUGAAUGUAUAUGAAGAGAAUGUACAGUGGGCAAACACGCUUGGUGUUCAUUUUGUAUGUGAAUCUUUUGAAUGCUUCAUAGGAAAUAUAUGUAAAUUUUCAUCU